CCGUUACAGCGCUGCUUUCCAGAGCGCACGGGGAACUAGUUCCAUCCUUCAGUCGCGUUGGUACGUUGGGAGGGCAGCAGGAGGGUGGACUCGAGGUGUACAAGAUGAACAAGCUCCCUGGAGUCAAUUACUUGUACAUGGCCGAAUCGCUGCCAAGUGACGAAAACACAAUGAUGAACUUUGUGGACAGCCUGGCAAGCUUCUUUGCUCAGAGCUGGACGCGAGGACGACCAGAUAAUAUGACUUCCCAGGAACACGGCGAUCUCGCAGCCACGUGUCGGGCCAGGCUCGAUUCGCUUUCCAAAUCUCUCCCUGGGCACUUGAUACCAGUUGUUGCCCAAGUGCGUGAGAACAUGGAUGGACUCUUUUCCGGAAGCUACCCUAUCGUCCUCACCCACGGCGAUCUCAGCGAAAUGAACAUGCUCGUCGACCCGGAUAGCGGCGCUCUGACAGGGGUUGUCGACUGGGCUGAGGCGAGCCUCCUACCCUUCGGCUUUUCCCUCUAUGCGCUGGACAGCGUUCUCGGAGACAUGUACCUGACUGGUUGGACAUGCCAUGAAAACGCCGACCAGGCGAGGAGGCGCUUCUGGGAUACCUUUUGCUCCAUUGCACAGCCGUCCCACGCGGAACGUCAGCAAAUGGAAGUGGCGAGGCUGGUCGGUAUCCUCUUCCGGUACGGCACGCCGGUCAGCAGUGGAUUCCCUGGCAUGCUGGGUAUCAGGGGCGAGGAUGAUGGCUCUCUUGCGUUCCUCGAGGCGUUCAUUUGACCACGGUUGGGUGGAGUAAACAGCAUGGCCGCGUUACGAUGGGCUGUGUCUCUAUUUGAGAGAUUGGCUGGGAAUGUUACAAAAGGGAGCAGACGCCGCUGGCCUGCGGCUGGAUGCAUACAUUCAAGAGGCAUCUUUUCACUGUGGGAGCUCCAAAUUGCAGAUUGUACAAAGAUGGUCUCUCAACCGCCCUUCCUCUUACCCAUUGAAGUGAUAUGCAUGAAAUCAAAUACUAGUAUCCGUACUUUUGAUGUAUUACUAGUACUUUUGUCUCCCCACUACAGGUACAGUCAGGGGCCAAAUGUAUACGAACGAACAUACAGUACACACUAUAACACUAGGUUUUUAAAAAGCUAUAUGUUUUUUUAAACAUUUUAUAAAAAUAUAGAUUAGUAAUAUAUAUAUAUUUAAAUAUAAAGAAAAAAUAUAUAUAAUUUUUUUAUUA